AUGUUUAUAAUUGUGAUUACAUGGGAUUAUCAUUUUGCAGAAUUGCUAAAUGAAGUGAUCCGACCUUUGAGACGAAGUGAUAAAGGCGGUGGAUGGAAUGUGCUGGUGGUGGAUCGUCUGGCAAUGCGAAUGCUCAGUGCAUGUUGUAAAAUGCAUGAUAUUAUGGAUGAGGGAAUCACGAUUGUUGAAGAUAUCAGCAAACGUCGAGAACCACUAACUGUAAAUUUUAUGCAUGGGCGUAAUCAGUACAAAUGUGCACAUGUUUUCUUCACCGAAGCAUGCCCCGAUCAGCUGUUUUCGAUAUUAUCAAAAAGCAGCGCUGCAAAAUUUAUCAAAACACUAAAAGAAAUAAACAUUGCAUUCACACCAUAUGAAUCACAGGUCUAUUCGCUUGACUCACCAGAUACAUUCUUUCUGUAUUAUAAUGCACAGAAACAGGGCGACUUAACGACUAAUUUGGAGCGUAUCGCCGAACAGAUUGCUACUGUAUGUGCUACUCUAAGCGAGUAUCCAGUAUUGAGGUAUCGUGCUGAUUUUGAGAGAAAUGUCGAGUUAGCGCAUUUGGUCCAGCAGAAAUUGGAUGCUUACAAAGCCGAUGAUCCAUCGAUGGGUGAAGGUGCUGACAAAGCCCGUAGUCAGUAUCGUGCUGAUUUUGAGAGAAAUGUCGAGUUAGCGCAUUUGGUACAGCAGAAAUUGGAUGCUUACAAAGCCGAUGAUCCAUCGAUGGGUGAAGGUGCUGACAAAGCACGUAGUCAGUUGAUGAUAUUGGAUCGUGGUUUCGAUGCAACCAGUCCAUUGUUGCAUGAAUUAACACUGCAAGCCAUGACACACGAUCUCUUGGAUAUUGAAAAUGAUGUAUAUCGCUACGAAACCGGUGGUAAUGAUAGCGUUGAUAAAGAAGUUUUGUUGGAUGAAAACGAUGAUUUGUGGGUGGAAAAUCGUCACAAACAUAUUGCUGUCGUUUCACAGGAAGUCACAAAGGGGUUGAAAAAAUUCUCAGAAAGUAAAGCAGGCAUGAAAGCGGAUGCAAAAAGUAUCAAAGACCUGUCAAUGAUGAUCAAAAAAAUGCCACAAUACCAAAAAGAACUGAACAAAUUCAGUACCCACUUUCAUUUGGCCGAAGAAUGCAUGCGUAAAUAUCAGCAGGGUAUCGACAAAUUGUGCAAGGUUGAACAGGAUCUGGCAAUGCAAGUUGAUGCAGAAGGUGAGCGCGUAAGAGAUCCGAUGAAACUGAUGGUACCAUUGUUGAUUGAUCCAGCAGUUGAGCCAUGCGAUCGUCUUCGACUUAUUUUGCUUUACAUUUUGUCAAAAAAUGGCAUUACGGAAGAAAAUCUUGAAAAACUUUUACAACACGCAAAUAUUGACAUGGUUGAGAAGGAUACAUUAACAAACGCCUCAUACCUGGGUUUGAAUAUUGUGACCGAUCAAGGACGUAAAAGAGUUUGGACACCGAGUCGCAAGGAGCGUGCGAACGAGCAAGUUUACCAUGCACGAUAUGGACAGUGGCAUAAAGAACGAGGCCAUCAAACAUCUUACCGAUCCGGACCUCGCCUAAUCGUUUUUAUCGUUGGUGGUGUAACGUAUUCGGAAAUGCGAGUCGCUUACGAAGUGACAAAAGACAAGAAGCCAUGGGAAGUUGUCAUUGGUAUGUUUUUUUUUUGCUAA